AUGACGGAACGUAAACGCUUGUCAGAUACGGAUGAGCCUUCAGCGAACAAUACAACUAAAAAGAUUAAACUUAUUCAAACCACUUUACCAGUUGGAACAUCAAAACGUCCUAUAUGUAAAUAUGGUGCGAACUGUUAUCGAAAGCAUCCUGAUCAUUUACGAGAUUAUCAACAUCCAAAAACUGACCAAAAGGAAGAAGAGCAAGGGGACGACGAUGAAGAUUUCUCGACAACAUCUGUUUCGGAACUAUCAACAUUGACAAAGGAAGCAUCACCAGCAAAACAAAUAACAGCAUCGAGCAAUUCAACAAUAAGUCUGAUGGAAUUAGCGGAGUUAAGUGGAGAGAAAUUACUCAGACAUCUUUACCAAAUGAAAUUUCCAAGUGAUCUUCACGAGUUUUGGAGUUUCUGUUUGGAUCUCAAGAAAACCGAUACUCGGGAGGUAUUGACAAAUCUUCUCAACUUAGAACUAGUCGGUCCAUUUGAAAUUCUCGAUGGUGCUUUAAAAACGUGCAGUACCUUACCUAAUAUUCAUUUACACUAUCGGUAUUAUUAUGACACACCAGAGUUUAUGACUGUUAUUCGAACUUUGGAUAAAAAAAGUCAAUUUCAUAUUGGUUAUUAUCGAGAUUCACCUGAUGAACUACCAGCCUUUUUAGCUUCGAAUGAUUCGAGUGUCAACAAUCAUUUUAAAAUCUGCGGUGAUAACAUAUUUGCAGCAGUUCAUUCAUAUGCUCGCCACCAUCUCAAAUCAAGUGACAAAUCUGACUUGAAAACCUUCGUUUCUGACUUGGAAAGCUACGCAAAAAAGCACAAGUUUUCUUUGGAUGAAACCACACCAAAAAUAACUGCUCGAAAGAAAAAAGUCAAUUGUACAUUGCUGAACUCGUUGGGCAUGGUCGUGCCGUGUGAAAACGAUAUCGGUUAUCGUCCUGUUCCAUUUACUAAAGAUCAAUUCAAGAAAGUUUGUGAUAAAUUUUGUAAUGGCACAUCGGAAGAUCAACAUCAAAAAGCUGAAGAUGACUUACAACAUGUAAUCACAUGUAUACAAUUCGCUAACGACGAAUGUGACUAUGGUGAAGGUUUAGAAUUUGGCUUGAAUCUCUUCUUAUACGGCUCAUCCAAACUUCAUUCACGUAUUCUGACACUUUUACCACUGGCAUAUAAACUACUUCACCGGGAUCUCUAUGGACAAAUUAUAACAGAUCAUCUCUCUUCAGGUCGUUCGAAUUUAAUUGAAGAUUUAAAUGAAAUCACAAAAAACAGCUAA